GUGUAGUUCAUUUCAGAUUCAGAAUAGGACUGUGAUUUGUUAAUGUCAGUCUUAUAUACUGAGCUUUACUGUGAGACUUACACAUGCUUUAGCCUACUCAUGAUCUAAUAAUUCUGUCACGAGAUGGUUGUGUACAUGUGGGAUUAGACCAGCUAAAGUUUCUCUCCACAUUUCACCAGCUCAUUGAAGACUAUUGGAGAUGGCGUCUGAAAAAAAGGACACCGGUGAAGUUUUGAAGGGUCAGAAUAUAUUUCUUCGAAUCCUCAAUCUUCAAUCUGUCAAUGCUGCUCUCGAAUCCAUUGAGAAGACUUACAUCCGUACGAAACAGUCUCAUUCCAUCAUAAGGUCUGUGUGUGGGCUGUAUGAGAAAGGUGUGAGGAUGGCUGGCAGCUUGGCUGUUUGGAGUUUGCAACCUGCCCUCCAUGUACUGGAGCCCCAGCUCGUAGCAGCCAAUUCAAUGGCUUGCAGAGGACUGGACCGCCUGGAGGAGAAGGUACCGGCCUUGCGGUCUCAGCCUGCAGAGCUGGCAGCAAAUAUCAAAGAGCUGAUGUCUUCAACUUUGGAAACCGCCAAAGAUGGUAUCGCCUGUCCAAUCAAACAAACCUCUAACGUUGUGUUGGGCAAGGUAUCUACUGGGUACCAGCAGAGCAAGAAUGCCAUAAGGGACGGCACUGUCCUUAACUGCAAGCUCGUGUACCUGGCCGAGCAGAGAGCCAACAGGGCUCUAAGUCUGACGGAGAACCUGGUCGAAUAUGUCCUUCCUGUAUCUUCAGCUGAGACAGUGGAUGAUGGGAGUAUGAGAGAGCAGGAGCCUGAUGUUGGAUCCUCUGGCCAGAAUCCCAGUUUCAGCAGACUGAGAGCGCUGGCCGACACCAUGUGCAGACGUGCCUUUGAGAAGACAGCUGCACAGCUUCAGCGCUCCAAACGUCAAGGUCAGGAACUGGUCACACAGAUCCCUGGCGUGAGUCCCCUGGUUGAAUAUACCAUGAAGACAAUGAAGACUAUAGGAGGUGUAAUACUAGGACUCCCGAGCUCUGUAGCAGCAUUUCUGAAAGAUCCUCAGAAGGAGAUGACCAAUAAUGAGCAUGAGAAGCUCGAGAGUAAUGGGCUGCCGAGUCUGGUCAGUGGAUUAGGGCAGCAGUUACUUAAAGUCAAUAGAUCUGUGCUGGGUAAUGUAAAGAAAACCCCUCAAACCAGUUUCAACCUGGCUAAGGAUGGAGUCAACAUUGUCCUGGGUUCCUUUGGCACAGUCAGGGAGCGAGCGCUGCACAACCUUUCUUAUUAUGGGCUGAUUCCUAGGCGAUCUUCCAAGCCAGGAGGCUCCCAACUGGCUGGGAAAGAUGAAGCAGAAGAAUGUCUGAGUGGCUCCCUGGUGCUGGAGGCCAGUUUAGGAGACCACAUGCACAGCCCCAGUCACAACUCUGAAAAGCCACCUCUUAAGACUAAAGAGCCCAAAGAGAUAUCGGAGGAAACCCGUCAGCUGAAGAAGAAGUUAAUAAAGCAGAUUCCUAUGCAGCAGAAAGUAGUUCUUGGGGGGAGCAACAAGAAAUCCUCCAACCACCGAUCCUCUAGGAAGAGUCUGACAGAUUACACCAAGAUCUCCUCCUCUUCUAACAUUCACACAGUGCCAAACAGCAGGAACGGCGAGUGAGAAUGGAGCGAUGAUUUUUAAAGUCUCAAGUCAGUGACCUAGUUAUACAUGUGGAGGCUCUGAACUGUUUUUGCAUUUUUUUUCUAUAAUAAAGCAAAUUUAUUUUGUUGUGCACA